CCAGCAAAAUCAAAUGGUGCGCUAGUGUGUGUACGCGAAACGUCAUAAAGCUCUAUUCCUUUGCAGAUGUGUUUACUUUUCAUCGUCCAAAAGGGUUGUGGUGCACAAGGCAAAGGUUGCUGCGUUGUGUCGAUUAUUUUGUUUUAAGGUGAAACUUGGCUAGUAUGUUCUAAGGGGGAUGGAUCUUUCGGAGGCAAUGAAAAUCGCGCUGGCCAAGAGCCAUUCGGCGCAGGCUGCAAACGGGGCAAGUGCCUCGGGCGCUGGAGGUGGCACAAGUGACCCGUCGGCGGGCGCCGGGUAUGUUACGGAAAAGUUGUACAUGCUGCUGCAGUUGUACCUCCAGAACAAGGGCUGGAGUCCUUCGGUGGAGCUGCUGCAGUGUUUCGCCGAGCUGAAGGACACUCCGGUUUUGCCGAGUGCGGCCUACCUGCAGGUUCUGGCCAGUCGGGUGGCGUUGGAUGCCCAGGGGAGGUUGGUCCUGCGAGAUUCCGGCAAGAUUAUUCUACCUUACGAGCACUUUGCCAACGCGGUCAUGCUGAAGCACAUGAGUGGACCACAUGGUCUUCAUUUGAGCGUGGACGCUACAUGUCGGGCGGUAAUGGACUCGUACACCAUUGGACGGGAGAACCUGGGCAUGGAGAAGGAGUUUAUCGUGGAAGUUGUUCAGUCUUGUCCUAGUCCGGCCUGUCGGUACUACAAGGGACAAAUCGGCGUAGGACCUUUUAUUGAUCAAUCCUUCAACCCUACUGGUCAUAUCAAUCCGGACUACCUGGCCCACCUACAGCAGCUUGGUCAGUCAGGGUUGGACAUUGGCGCCGUAGACAAGUCCCAGGUCAAGAUGUCGUCCAAGACGACCGCUGCUCAGCAGCAAAUUACGGCUGCCAUCAUCCAACAGCAGAACCGUGCAAUGGCCCAACAAUCGCUGGAAAAGUUCGGUACCCUCUCAAACCUCGAGAAGCAACGUGUCCUCCAACAACUCGACAAAAAGCACUACGAGGUCGCUCAAAGUGCGACCAGCUUGCCCCCACAACUGGUCCCCUCGGGUAGUUCCUCCCAGAGCAACGUGGUCGUCAACGCCCAGGUCCAACCCCAGCAACCGCAGAUCAUCGACGUCAGCCGCGCCCAACAGCAGACUCCCUCUCCUCACAUCAACCAACAGUCAAUCCAGCAACAACAACAACAGCUGGCCCACCUCAAUCAACCCCCGCUCCAGGCCAUCAACAUGGACACCGGCUACAAGCUGUCCGACUACAUGCGCGGCGCCGUCGACCCCAUGGAGAACGCCUCCAACAACUGCAGCAAGGAGCUGCUGGCGCUGCACAACGGGGCCUGGGCGCAGGACCGCGGCGACGGGCUCGCCAUCAGCCAGGACAAGAUCAUCCGGGCGUUCAGCGAGCUGAUGCGCAACAUUGCCCGCAUGAAGACGUUCGUCCGGCCGAGCAUGUGCAAACCGUACGGCAAGCAGUCCGAAAGUCUGCAGAAAACCCUGUUCGACACGGUUCAGCUGGUGCAGUCGCUGCGCAGUUGUCUCCCGGCGCCGCACAUCCCGGUGACCUCGUGGAAGAGCGAAACGCACCUCGGUCCGAACGGAACCGGCGGUGGCGGCGGCGGCGGCACCGAGCAGGUUUAAAGCUCAAGGAGCUAUUAGACUAUGGCAAACACGUUUCUGCAAACAAUUGCAGGCAAACAAACAGAGCAGACUAAACUGUCAAAAAGUUUGUUUGUUUGUCGUAGUCUAAUACGUCCUUCACUCCUCUCACUAAAUGCAUUUAGAUUAUUUUUUUUCGGUUUGUUCCUUUGCGGCGCAAAGUUUCGCACCGUUUCCCAAAAGUUAACUAUUAUUUUAUGAAUGUGAUAAUUUUCUCAACUCGAUUGCAAUCACACAACGUACUAAACAGAUUUUAAGAAAUGUGAAAACAAGCACUAAUAUUUUUAAUUAUCUUAUUAAGAUAAAGCGUACUUUUUAAACUAUGACACAUUAGAUAAGCAAGUUUGGCACUAACAAUGUUUUUUUGGCUCAACAAGGAAAACAACUAGAAAUACAGUGGCAAUAAAGCUGUGAUAAGACACACACAAAAAAAGUAAAGGAAAGCAAAAACAUCGAGAAGAAGCACCAUUUCAUAAAUGGCAUAAA